UUGUCUGCCUGUGUUUCGUUAGUCUUUGCUAGCUAACAGGCUAACAAGCUAGCAGGUAACAGAGAGUAAUCUGCAGCUGGCUCAGCUAGCUAACAGACUAACAAGCUAGCAGGUAACAGAGAGUAAUCUGCAUCUGGCAGGGUUAGCUUGUUUCGAUAGUUCAGCUAGCUAAAAGGCUAACAAUAUAGCAGGUAACGGAGUAAUCUGCAGCUGGCUGUGUUAGCUUGUUUCAAUGGCUCAGCUAGCUAACAAGCUAACAAGCUACCAGGUAACAGAGUGAGUAAUCUGCAGCUGGCUGAGUUAGCUUGUUUCGAUGGCUCAGCUAGUUAACAGGCUAACGUCGGUCUGUGUGUCUCUGAAGUCUUCGUGCUGACAGACUGAGGAGCACAUAAGAGGCAUGGAAUGUAACUCGGGGGUACUUCCGAGACCGGGGUCUUUGGAUUAUCUACACUUCAGUGUUUACAGUGAUGGAUUAGCUUCCUUUCUCCAUGACAUGUCGACGUUUGCCCCCCUCAGCUGCCUCAGACCCGGGCACCGGUGAUGCUGCCGGUCUCUGGACUGAUGCCCCGGUCCUCGGAAUUGGGACAGAGCGCUCAAACUGCGUUAUUAUAAACCAUGAAAAACUGUGAGUACCAGCAGAUAGACCCGCUGGCGCUUCCGACUCCAACCCCGACCCCUCCAUCCCAUCUUCAUGAAGCAGAGAGCCAACAGAGAGAGGAGCCGAAGAGACCGAGGAGGAAGUGGGAAGUGUUCCCGGGGAAGAACCGGUUCUACUGCGAUGGACGGAUCAUGCUGGCCCGGCAGAGCGGGGUCCUGCCCCUCACUCUGGGCCUUAUUCUCGUCACAUGUGGAUUAUUCUUUGUGUUUGACUGUCCCUUCCUGGUCAAACACCUGACAAGCUGCAUACCUUUUAUUGGAGGAGGCUUGUUUGUGUUCGUGGUUAUCACCUUGCUCCAGACCAGCUUCACGGACCCCGGCAUCCUGCCCAGAGCAACUCCUGACGAGGCUACAGACAUAGAAAAACAGAUUGACAACCCUGGAAACAGCAGCAGCUAUCGGCCUCCACCGCGCACGAAGGAGGUCCUCAUCAACCAGCAGGUGGUGAAGCUCAAGUACUGCUUUACCUGCAAGAUGUUCCGACCCCCGCGCACCUCCCACUGCAGCCUGUGUGACAACUGUGUGGAGCGAUUUGACCAUCACUGCCCCUGGGUGGGGAACUGUGUGGGGAAACGUAACUACCGUUUCUUUUACACCUUCAUCGUGUCGCUCUCUUUCCUGACGGCGUUUAUCUUCGGCUGCGUGACGACACACCUCGCACUGAGGGCUCAAGGAGGAAAGGGUCUUGUGUUCGCUCUGCAGGAGAGUCCCGGCAGUGCAGUGGAGCUGGUGAUCUGCUUCUUCUCAGUCUGGUCUAUUUUGGGCCUCUCAGGCUUCCAUACAUAUCUCGUUGCUUCCAAUCUCACCACAAACGAAGACAUUAAAGGCUCCUGGUCGGGGAAAGGUGGAGAAGAUGUCACCAAUCCAUACAGCCAUAGAAACAUCUUCAUCAACUGCUGCACGGUGCUGUGUGGACCCAUGCCGCCCAGCCUGAUCGACAGACGAGGUUUCCUCCCCUCGGAUGAAUCAGCCCAGACGGCGAGUGUGGACAUCGAGCUGACCGCUGUGCCCGCUAAAAGCGAGAUAAACGUGUGCACACAGGGAACUAAAGGUCUGCUGGAGUCGGCCACACUCUCCCCUCUCAUCUCCACCUCGUGUCCUCAGGGGAAACCUCAGACGGCUCAUCCCUGCCCAGACAUCAGCCCCGCCAUGAACCCUGACCCCUCACCUGAGGUCUCCACCAGUUGCGGGGCACGCCAUAUCAUCAUCUCCCACGGCGACGUCUCUCCGCCACGUCACAGCAAGACUCGCUCAAAGAGGAGUAAAAGAGCGGCUUUGCAUAUUCCUAACCCGGCCUUCGAUGUCCCGGUGUCCCCUACCUCUCCGGACUCUGGCCCCGGCUCCAAACCCAGGGUCCACAAAGGGUCCAGCUUUGCUUCUUUGCACUGACUGACAGGAAUGACGUCGUUCUCAAGCGGAAACACACUUUGUUUGAAGCUUGCAUGCUGUAUAACAGUCACAGUACAAGUUUUAUAAAGUUCAAAUGUUCUUUAUUAUUUAUGGAUCUGAAUGCUGGGUCUUGUUACGUGUACCAGGAUGAUAAUCACAGAGAUGUGUUACUGUGUAAUCAGUGUGGAGGUAAGACACAGAGCAGAGUCAAGUUAUUGUGGAGGUAGAAUAGUUUACUACAUCUCUCUGAUGACGUUCCUGUGAAACAGGAGGUCUACCAGCAUGCUACAUACAUCACACGCUGUUUAACAGUAGCUUGAUGUAUAAAGUCUAAACUGCAGUAGCUUGAAAGCUUCAUAUGGAUGCUAAAGUUUGCAGUUAGUCUCAAUCUGUAAAGGUGGAAGUUAAAGGUUAAUCCAGCCCAGAUCUAUAGAAGUCACAUGUGUUAUUUCUCCAACAUGGUUUAUAGCAUGAACGUGAGCCAGUUCCCUCCUUCAGCUGAGCAGCAGAGGACAGUUUGUACCAGUGAUGUCAUGGUGAGAGUAGGGUUGCAAAGGGGUGGAACAUUUCUGGUAAAUUUCCAUGUGAAGUUAAGCCUGAGAAUUAUGGAAAUAUUUCAAAUUAGAAACUUACCAUGGGAAUUAUGUGAAUGAACUUUGAAUUGUGUGUAAUUUAAUGGAAAGGUAUCAUAUCCAAGCAUAAAUAUUUGUUUUGUUAUAAGCAGACAUCCAUCCAAAAUAAUACACUAAAACAGAUUUAUUUGUAAGUAGAACUUUAUCAAGUGUUAAAUAUUUUAUUCAACAAUCAAUUCUUUCAUUGAAGAACAAAAACAUGAAUGUUGAGUUAAAUAUUACUCAUCCCUCCGACCCAACCCAUUCAAAAAUUAACAACAAUGUAAUCCCAACAAAGUCCCAUUCAAAAUGUUAAAUGAAAAGCAUCUUCCCUCAAGCUUCUCAAGCCUAGCCUCUGCAUUUUUGCUUAACCCUUUCAGGCAAUGGGCCUCAUCUUCCUGGGUCUCAUCAACAUCCUCCAUGUCCACUUCCUCAACAUCCAACUCCGACUCUUCCUCUUCAGUGUCACUGUCCAGCCUUGUUGAGGAUGGCUCUGUGUCAGGCUCAAAAAGCCUCAGGUUAGCACGAAUACCAACCAAUUUUUCCACUCUCACAUUUGUCGGCCUGUUACUGAACAAGGACCAGUUGCGCUCUGAGGCAGCUGAUGAUGGUGGGAUCAGGAGUAUGAGUGAAGCUAUAGGUGCAAGGGCCACAGAUCCACAAGGUCCCUUCCACCAGGUGGUCUAAAGUAUAUUUUCCCCAACUAUAUUUAAGUUCCAUAUUAAGAGCCAACUUUUAAUUUAGUAAAUUCCUGGUUAAUUCCCGUUUAUUCCCAUGGAAAGUUUCCAACUUUGAACAUUCCCAGAAUUUUGCAACCCUAGCAGCUUGUAACAGUAGUCUUCUCUCAGCCCACCGUGAAUGCUUCUCUCCCGGUGUUACGGUUUUAAAAGUGACCCUGUAAACUGGAGACCUUCAGCUGAACGUGUCAGUGUUUGUGGAGUUUACACAGCUGUUGAAACACAGAGGGAGUUCCUGGGAAUGCAAACUAGUUUAGUUUUUAUUAAGAUUUCAAAAUAUCCUCAUCAGAUAUUUAAUGAUCGUCUAAAGACGUUUAUGAGGGAUGCAUCCGGCUGAAAGUCUCCAGUUAACAGGGUCGCUGCUUAAACCAAAACACCGGGCGAUCUCUGCCACGGCUUUUUGAGUUCAAAAGGAUUUUAAAGCCGUGUUGAAACGUCUUUGUUACUCGCGCUUAUCUCCUCCAAGUUUUGUGACUGGGUCACAGAGCGGAGACUUUAGCUUCCAGUAUUUCUUAAAUGAAUAAAAUCACAUAAAUAAGAGGGAAGCAAGUUUAGAAUCACCUUAUAAAUAAGCACAUGCAAGAUAUGAUAAGAUAUAUAUUUGCCCACAGCAGCUUUGAUAUUAAAAGAUUCAACACGAUAACAAUUAAAGCCAAAUGAAAUAUUUAAACAUGACCGUACAAAGCAGUAAAAAAAAAAUCUGUUUGAUAAAACAAAUUACAAGAUAGUAUUGAUGAUAUAUUGUGAGAUUAACCCUUAAAAAACAAGAGUCUGCUCCCUAAUUUUGGGCCUUAAAAGUCAAAGCUGGCUCACCUGAAAUGAAAGCCUUAUCUCAACAUCAUUAAUCAGGACAAAAAAAACACCUCCCUCUCCUGAGAGACUUCAGUGUCUCGGGUCAACAGCUGAUGGGUUUUAAAAUCAAUCAAUCAAAUCCCAACAAAUGUUCUCCUCAGACUCUUUCCAAACAUAGAAGGUCUAGACCGUACACUAUGUUCUAUUAUUAACAAAGACCCAACAUCAAGACAGGAUCAGAUCCAGUCCCAUCUUCCAGACAGGACUCAGUCUGAGCUCAUCUUAAUCCACCAUGAGCAGAGCACUUUGCAGCAUUUAGCAAGUUACAGUGGCAAGGACAAACUUCCUUUAACAGGCAGAAACCUCCAGCAGGACCAGACUCAUGUUAGACACACAUCUGCCUGGGCCCUCGGUGGUGUUCUCUGUCCGACAUGACACAGAGCAUCCACACCAGUGUUUGAUGAAGCUAAGAUGAAGGACUGAGCACUGGAGUCACGUCAUGAGUUGACCCUCGACACUUUGUGUUGAAAUCAUACAUGUGAAUCCUGCUUUGGGUUGGAACCCCCCUUUAACUCGACACUUGGAGCACAGUGAUAUGAGCGUGUGUAUCUGUUGUAUUGGUGGUGUUUUAUAUAGAUGGCAGGGAAUGCAUCUGCAUGAUAACAACUAAAGAUAUAUUUUACUGUACACUAUUUAUUUACAUCCAUUAAAGGUCACAAACACCUGAUAGAUACUUUCCCACUCAUGAAGCUGUGAUAUGGAUCCCUGAAUAUGUGGUUCACCUGAGCAGAAGCAGUGUUUGCACAUUGCCUGUGCUGCACCCAGGGAGCGCCACCCAAAUAUCACAUGGGGCCCCUUCACUGAACUUCUGCAUAUGUUCUUAUUUUUCUGAGCAUAGACAUAUAUACGAAGACGCCGCAUUGACUGGCUGAGCCGUACGUCAACUAUGUUGAAUGUGGCAAUCAGUAAAGAUGUGUGCACACAUAUACGUAGAAACAUGCCUCCUGAUUGUUGUUACAUGACCUCAUCGGUGUAAAUUUGACUUAUUACCAUUAGAGCUUUCCAAAUAUAUGCAACAAAUGUUUAGUAGAAGUCUCCACAGCCUGAACAUUAACUUUAAAAAACUCCUUCACUGCUUAAACAUUAAAACACCGGGACAUCUGUUAAACAUACUGACUCAUUUGUUUAAAAGUGGUGUGAUUUAUUUCACAUACAGCAGCUGUCUGUUAAAAAGGUCAGUAUGAAUAAAGUCAUCUUAGAUUUUAAUCACUUUGAAGUGUUUAGUGUUAAUUAUAACCGUCCUUUCAUCCUGUAUUUGAAAGAGUAAAUCCCUUCACUUGUUCAAUCGGUUUAAAUGUCUCAAGCACUUCGUCCUCAUGUGAUAUAAACAUAAUAUAUGGACAACUGACUUUAAUAUGAUGCAAUUUAAAAAACAAUAUUCCUCAGCGUGGGCAUUUAAAGGCCACAGAGCAAUGGUAUGAAAAAGAGAGAGAGGAAACGGUAAUGAAACGCACCAACAGGCUGAAACAUAAAAUUAGAAUGAUGAAAUAUUUAGAGCAGGUUAUGGAUACAGGGGAUCAAACUAACAAGAGUCAACAGAGCUGUAUGGAAGUAGACUAACACUGGUUGAGUAAUGUGAUCACAAUGAGUAAUGUGAUCAUAGUGAACGUUUUUUUUCAUGAAAUGAUAUUUUAUACAAUUUAAAAUUUGUCUAUAAUUUCAAGAAUGUAGUUUAUCAUUCCACUGCUAAAAAGCAGACUCACUGCCAGCUGUAGGCUUUUAUUCAGUUUAUAAACAGACUUUACAUUUUUUUCUUUUUCUAAAUAGUCGUUACUUUUAGUCCUUACAUUAGUUUUAAUCCAUAAUUGUAAAAACAGUUGAUCAAAAUGAGUUAAUGCAACGGAACAUGUCUUUCUUUCAUAAACCCACAGUUUCCACAUCUACUUUCAUUAGUUCACGGCAGACACGCCACAUUCAAUAUGGCGAACGUGCUGACGUAUCGGAGCAGCGGGGAAAGCACAGUCAAUGCGGCGCCUACCUAUAUAUGGCUAUGUUCACACUGCAGGCACAAGUGGCCCAAAUCCGAUUUUUUGGGGGGUCAAGUGACCAGGUCAGAUUUUUUAGAGGCAGUGUGAACACUCAAAUCUGUUUUUUUUUUUUCAAAUCAGAUUUAGACCACUUCCAUAUGUGGUCCUGAAUCAGAUACAGAUCUGAUUUAUUCAAUGCGACCUCAGUGUGAACGGCCAAGGUGGAUUUGAUGCGCAUUUGAUACUUUCACGUCACUUUAUAGCGACACGGUAGUCUUGCAAAAAUGGAGGAUAGCAAUGAUGGAGCAAGUCAUUGGAGGGACAGCGAGGACUUGGACCUCAUAAAUAUAAAUAAUAAAUAUACCUUUCAAACAUAUUCGCGGCCACAGCUCAGCAAAAAGCCAAAACAAUCAAUUUGGUUCUCUUUUUCUUUUCACUUGACCUCCUCCUCACCUGGUCAUUCAUUCUCCGGCUCCCACUGCACAAAAACUUAGUAACAAAGGUGAAAAUGCUGACUUCCUCCAUGUUUAUGUUUGUGGAACAGCUGCAUGUGACGUCAUUGUUACUGAUGUUUUGCGCAUGCGUUGCAGUUUCAGAGCCACAAAGAGUUCACACAGGAAUCAGAUACAGGUCACAUUAUAGAUGGGAAUGUGAACAGGCAAACAAAAAAUCGGAAUUGAGCAUUAAGCCUUGCAGUGUGAACGCAGCCUAAGUCUAUGUUCCUGAGGGCCUCUGUCACCCUUACUCCUCCCUCACACAGCACCCCUGGCUGCACCACUUCCUGUUGUGUUAUCAUUAUUAUCAUGCACUGAUUUUUCUGACUUUCUCACUCUGUCUGCUUUGACCGAUGUGUGAACAUGUUUGUAAAGAAGACUGCGUUGGUUUUUCUCAGGUGGAAAUGUGUAUGAAGUAUCCAGAAUGCAAGUUCUAUGUGACAUGUAUCAUGUUAAACCACAUUGUGACCUGAUGGCAAUAGCUGCACAAAAAUGCAAUGAUCCAAACAAUCAUCCCCAUCCACACGUGCACAUGUGUACAUGCACGCUGUCUGUAAUUAGUUCACCUCAAGAAUCUUACCAAUAGUGAAGCAGAAUCACCUCUUGUGCGACACUUUCUGUGUGAACAGUCUUCCCAACGUCCUCUGAAUACAGGAGAGAAUGAAUGCAGCUGAUGCAUUUCUGAGUGUAAAAUACUGUACUCAUAUGAGCUGUAAGGUUAUUCAGCCAGGGCUCCUUUCAAAAUAAAGGACGAAGGAAAUAAAGGCAGGAGAAGUGAAGAGGCUCAAUUUGUUUGUGUUGCACCCAAUUCUGCAUUGUACCACUAGAUGGCAGUAAUGACAUAUAAACAUGCAGCUACAGCUCAUCCAUUCACUCUCACACAUGUACUAAAUACUCUGCAUAUCCAGCAGCAGGACUCUUUUUUUAGCACUGUGCUCCUCUAAUUCAACCUCUUUUUCUCUUCUUCUCUUUGUCUUCCUCCUUUGUAAUUACAUGCACUAAAUAAAGGAAGUCGAUACAGUCUGUUUCCCAGGAUUGUAUAACUGAGAAUAAAACGAAAACAAUGA